GUGACAAGAGGGGAAUGACACAUAAACACAUGUUAAAUGUUAAUCAAUUUUGAGGCUAUGUUAUUUAUUAUGGUUGUAGGAAUUAAAAAAUUAUUAUUAUUUAACAGAAAAUAAAACAAUAUUAAUUUAUUAUUAAUCAUGUCACGACCAGAACAUUUGGCGCCCCCUGAAAUUUUUUACAACGAAAAUGAGGCCAAGAAAUAUACCCAGAAUACUCGUAUUAUGGAAAUUCAAGAACAAAUGACAGCAAGGGCUCUAGAGUUAUUGUUACUAUCCGAUGAUAUUCCAAGUUUAAUAUUGGAUAUAGGAUGUGGUUCAGGACUUAGCGGAAGCGUAUUAGAGGAAAACGGCCACCAGUGGGUAGGAAUUGAUAUAUCAACAGCUAUGUUAGAUGUAGCCCAAGAUAGGGAAGUUGAAGGUGACUUGUUAUUAGCAGAUAUGGGUCAAGGAUGUCCAUUUAGAGCUGGUGCAUUUGAUGGUGCAAUUUCAAUAUCAGCCUUACAGUGGUUAUGUAAUGCUGAUAAAUCACAUCACAAACCUGUCAAGAGGCUGUACAAAUUUUUUAGUACAUUAUAUGCUUGUUUGAGUAGGUCGGCUAGAGCUGUGUUGCAAUUUUAUCCUGAGAAUGGGGAGCAAAUGGAACUAGUAACAGCCCAAGCAAUGAAAGCAGGCUUCUAUGGGGGUAUUGUGGUAGAUUAUCCAAAUUCGACAAAAGCAAAGAAAUUCUUUUUAGUCUUGAUGACUGGUGGUAAUGUACCUUUACCAAAAGGUCUAGACAGUGAAAGGUCAUCAGAAGGUAUAGAUUACUCUAGGAGAGGGAAAAUAAAACCCCAAAGAGGUCAGUCGUUAAAAAGUGUCAAAUCAUGGAUACAAGAUAAGAAAGAGAGAAGGCGCAAACAAGGGAAAAAUGUAAGGCCAGAUUCAAAGUAUACAGGGAGAAAAAGGAGUGGAAGAUUUUAAUAGGGAUUAUUUUUUUUACUGUGUAAUAUAUAUGUUAUGGAAAAGUAAAAGUCAAUUUUUCUAAUUCAAUUAUUCUACAUUUUUUAUUAUACUUACGCAACAACAUACAAUUACAAAACUUUACAACGACCUUAAUGUUUUUUCUACUCAACAGUUUUCGAACAUGCAAAUUUUGUACAGGUAUAGAAAUAAAGACUUAUUUAUGUUUC